UUACGAUGAUAUUGAUAUAUACAUAGCUAUCACAGCUCAUAAAACAACUCGGUUUCCUCAGCUGCAAAGCAAUCAGAUUAUUAUCUUCUUCUUCUUCUUUCUCCUCCUCAAACUUACUGUUGACUCAUCUUCUUCAUCGAAAUCAACCAUACAAUAUUAUUCUAAGUGAGGUCGUUUGAAGCAAUUGCCCCAUUCUGUACGCUGUCUUUGACGCUCAAUAAUAAACACACUUUCUUCGUCCCUCGUUUUCUUUGUUUUUCUUACCUUGGAAAAGUGAUGGAUAUGGCGGACAAUCCAAAGUUGACUAUCAAGGACAUGGCGGAGAGUGCGGAACCAGAAAAAAUCUCGCUUUCUGAUACUGGAAACAGGUUUCAUUACAGUACCACAAAGAAAUCUGAUAGUUUUGUAGUUGACAUGGAGAACCUCAAUCAGGGAGCCACAGAUAUGAAUGCAAAUUCGAGAAUCACUUUGCAGAGAAGCCAUUCCAAAAAAGGGAUUCAGCGUGGCGAGAAGAAGAUCAAUUCCAAUAAUAAUUAUGCUAAUGAUUCUACAAUUUCUUCAUCACCAAGAGUAGGGUCAAGCAUGCCUGAAAAGCCAAUGGUGGUGGCAGCAGGGGCCACGGAUUAUUCCAUCAGCCCCCAAGUUCAUCAUCAGAUCACCAUCAGCACCAGCAACAUCAUCACCACCACCUCUCCUGGGAGUAGCAGAUACAGUAAUAGAAGAAAUAGUUUCAAGCGCUCUUCUUUAUGGGUCCUUGAUCCCAAAAGGGUUCUUCUCUUUUUUGCCACCUUGUCGAGCAUGGGGACAAUAUUGCUGAUAUACUUCACCCUUUCUAUGAGCAAGCAUAAUGCAGAUGAAAUUACUCUUGAUUAGGACUAAGCAGUGAAUUUUGGAAUACUGGAGACCUUACAGAUGAAUUGAAUGGAAGACAGACAAAGGAAUGUGACUGGUUCAGUGUGGGGAUCCUUUAAGGAAAGAGUUUGUCUUCUUUCGAUGAAGUUAGGGGCAAAAUGUACAAUAAAAAGAUAGAAAAAGAGGAAGGCGGCAAAAGCUAACAACUCCACUAGCUUCGGCUAAAGGGUCAGCAGAGUGCAUUUUCUUUAGCCCUUGUUAAAAUUUUAGAAGUGAAGACAAAGAUAGACUGCACUAUGACAAAGCAGGGGAAUCUUGUAUAUUUAAAUGCUGUUAUUGGAGAGAUAAAAAAUAAAAAUACUUGAUGAUGCCUUCUUGCAAGUCUUUACACAAAUUAAUGGAGAUUCAGACAGUUACUUUUGCUUA